CAAAGUGACUGAAUCAGUUAUGUCCCCCAAGUUAGCCUACAAAGUGACUGAAUCAGUUAUGUCCCCCAAGUUAGCCUACAAAGUGACUGAAUCAGUUAUCUCGUAUAGAAAUGAGAUGAGGCAGUAUACAAUGAUAUUAAAUUAUUAAUUCAUAAUGGGUUGAAUAUAAGGGGAUUCUCAUUGAACCACGAAGGUACAAAACAUGCAGCAUAAGGAGCGUGACGUGGUGAGACUGGUGGAUGGAGAAGGAAAAAUGUACCUCUGUCGCUGACAUGUAUUUUCAGCCAGGUCUCGGGAUUGUUUUGCAUCGCACUCCUUAUCAGAUUUAGCCUACAAUUUUACAACGGUGUCAUUUUAUUAUGUAAAUGUACUGUAUUCCAUUGAUACAUGGCCCGUUUAUUCGUAAAGGACAGAAAACGUUGAAUAAAUAAUUUUUAAUGUUAGCGAUAUUAGACGAUAGAAUUUUCAGUGUGUUAUGAUAUAUGCUUUUUCACCGGCGUCUUUCAGUAUCGAUUAUUGACUAACCUUGUACUGUGAAGACAUGUCGGGAGUAUUGCCUUUCAACGAGACAUAUUAUAGUGUUGAUGGCGACGUGGGAAAGGUCUCCAUCACGUGUUGCCUGCAGGAUACCAGCAACUUCUAUUGUGCUGCACUGACUAAAAUACCACCGAAAACCGGACAGAUUGGGAGAGGUAAACGAGGUGAGAGACUAUUGUCAACAAAGGACGUUUUUAAAUAAUCAUUACAAUAAAUUAAAUAAACACUUUUGAAAAUAGGGUGUGUGUGUUCAAAAAUACAGAGUUGGGCUCUUUCAUUGGAAAAUGUUAAUAUUUUGCUGUGGCUUGACUGGACACAGGAUGUAUAAAUUAACUUUUCCAUGAGUAGAGAUAUAGAGGGCGUUGUAUGAAAUGCACCAUUUUAGUUUGACAAUCUGAGUGAAUCCUCACAAUUUUGUGUUUUCUUCUAAUCGCCAGUUGCUAUUGAAGAUGACAGAAUAGAAAAUGAGCUGAAAGACCCAGCAGAAAAAAUACCUGCCGGUGUCUAGAAUAACCCAAAAGAAGGUUCGCAGCUCAAAAAUACUGUAGGCCUACUAUCCCUGCUCAGCAAAAAAGCACUUUGGUAUGUUCUCGUUUUGUAUUUAUUUCAGUGAUGCCUAUUAGUCCAUGCUUCCAAACAGAAAAGAACUGUGAAAUUACUUCACUUGGUCCUUUGCUUUUAAAGCACAUGUUAUAGAACUUCAUUAAUUGAUCCAGUCUAAAUAAUUGAUUAAUGAUAUGAAAAUUAUUCCCCAAGGCAAAGGCUGGUAAAAUGCGAAGGAUACUGUAUGGGAUAAUAUGUGGAGGAAAAACAGAUCCUAAACUUGCUCUUAUUUUUACUCUAUCUUGGCUGUUUAUUUUGCUACUGUACUGUUCAGUCCUGCAAAGUUCCAAUACUUUUGUACAAAAUGUUAAAAGCUGUGUUAAUGUGUUUUUCACCUUUAAUAGCAUGCAUUAAUAACUUUUGGAUACCCUUUUGGUAGUGAUGACCACUUGUUUUUUUACAGAAUGACAAUUGAAGGACUACUGUUUUUAAUCAUGCACUUUUGGGUUUUGCCAUUUGUACUUAUGUUGUUGCUGCAAACUGCCUGCUCAUUCUAAUGUGAAAAACGUAUUUUAACAUCAGGCAUCUACCUAUGAAACAACUAAAACGAUUCCUGUUUUGUGAUUGUAACAGUCAACACAUUUUUAUAAUACAGUGCUGUCAUGGGGAAUAUGAUCACAACUGUGCCAAAUAUCUCAGAAGAUGCCAUGAAAUACAUGUAUUGUCAGUGAUAUGUCCCAAUGUGCCCAUGUUUGUUUGAGGGCUUUUUUUGUCAAUAUCUGCCCUUGCAUGGAAUAGUCUGAGCAGAAGUGUCUCUGUGUCAAAAGAAAUUACUGGCAUACACAUUGUUUGCAACUUGGAAUGACAAACCCCAAUAAUAUAUUAUUUAAAUAUUGUGUAUGUUGCACCACUUUUCACUGAACAGGGUGAUGUUUGUAAUGUACAGUCAAGUAUUCAAAUGUGAAAAUGAAUUGUGUACCUUGUUUCCCUUCUCCCUGGCUGACCCAUUAUUUGCAUCACUUUGCACUCUUUACCGCUAAACAAAC